AUGCCCCCGAAACAAGCCGAAAAAGGAAAACAAAUUAGGUUCGUCAGCGGAACCUACCUUGGUAAGACAGGAUGGCUCAAUACCGCUGCAUCAAAGAAAGGGCUUUUCAAACGAAGUGUCAUAGUUGACCUUGGUGACGACGGAGAAAAAGUCACCAGUGUGAUGAAGUUUUCGUUCCGCGAUGCAUUCAAGAAAGUGAAAACGUUUGAGCAAGCCCUCAUGAAGCAGCACCCAGACAUUGAAAAUGAGAUGGUCACGCUCUGCCGUCAUUUGUCUGAAUGUUACAAUUUGAAUGGUGAUGCGAUGGCUGCCUACUUCAAGGAAGAGUUGAGGAUUGCAGUAACUGAGCAUUUGUCUCGCGGUGGUAAAGCCAAGUUUCGUCUAGUUCAAUUUCCAGAGGAUGACGACACCAAGAUGCAUGCGGUGUAA